AUGUCUAAAUUUGAGCAGGGCGACGAAGCCCUCCAACAGGGUGUGCGCUUCGCCUCGCACAACGAAGAGAUCGAGCCCGACCAGGUGCUCCAGCAAGUCGAAACGAUGACGGGAGCGGAAGAAAGGCCAAGAGGAGAUCUUGGCCCGGAAACGCAACAAGAACUCCGCAACCUUGCCUCGACGCUGCAGCACUCGCGCCUCCAGUCAAAGAGAUUAGAGAACUUCUCCUACGAGCCCGUGUCGUUGCCGGCCUCUAGAGCGCCCUCUCCUUCGUCGGGUUCGCGAACGCCCAUGGCAUUUUCUGGCGCGCCGUCGCCCAGACCCUCUCCGCCGACCUCCACGAUGCACUCCCCUCCACUCACCCCCGCCGCAACCCAGUCCAGGGACAGCAAGCAGAGCUCCGCGCCUGCGAGCCGGCUCUCGCAGGACUCGACCAUCAUGACCCCCGAGGUGUCUCCACCCCACGAUACUCCGCCCACGUCGUUGUCGGCCUCGGAAGAGGAGAGGAAAAAGCCGCCACACAUAAACGUUCCCGCCGCGCCAUAUGCCAAGCAUGGCUCCGACACUACCGGUAUCACCAGCCAUCCCAGGGAGCCUCCCAGGUUCACAGUUGGGCCCUCCGGUGAUUCUCUGCCUGGAUCAAAGGAUGUUAGCCCCUCUGCUUCGGGCACAAGUACUCCUGGGGAUGCCGGGACUGGCCCCAGCACCCCUGCCCCACAGUCGCCAUACAUGCGCCCGACCUUGUCGCCAAGAGGCGAAAUCGAUGAUCCCUACUCGCGCGCCAAACGGAUGCCGCAGAACCGCGACAGGACCUCGCUAGAUCCUAGGUUUAUAUUCGGCCGCGACCGCGACGCGAAAGCCAAGUCUGCGACCACACCGCUCCCCCGCUCCAGAGGCAACGGCUCGGAAAAGGAAGGGAAACGCCACACGCUCUUCCACGGCCACCACCAUCACCACAAGAAGCAUGACAAGCACGAGUACGAUGACCAUCGUGAGGAAACUGCUGAUCAUUUGAAGGAAAAGCACGGGUCAAUGUCGGAACUGAAGAGGUUCUUUAAGAUUGGGGGCCACAAGCGGGACAAGAGCAAGAGCAGACCUGUGUCUCCAUCCGAGUCAUCCGGCGUCCUGUCGGCGAAGAACAGCAAAUCCGGCACGCGUACUCCUCCUUCCAGAAGUAACACUGUCGCAAUACCAUUCGCUGAUGAUCACGGGCUCGAGGCCAGGUAUGGCAAGUUUGGAAAAGUGCUCGGUUCGGGUGCGGGAGGUUCAGUUCGCAUUGUAAAAAGAGCGAGUGAUGGCACGGUGUUCGCUGUCAAGCAAUUCCGAGCCAAGCACUCGUACGAGAGCGACAAGGAGUACACCAAGAAGCUCACUGGCGAGUUCUGCAUUGGCUCGACGUUGCAUCACGGCAACAUCAUUGAAACCAUGGACCUGGUCCAAGAGAAGAGUAAUUGGUAUGUCGUGAUGGAAUACGCACCCUUCGAUCUAUUUGCGAUCGUCAUGACGGGCAAGAUGAGCAGAGAAGAAGUCGCUUGCUGCACGCUCCAGAUUUUGAACGGAGUCUCGUAUCUGCACAGCAUGGGAUUGGCACAUCGGGAUCUGAAGUUGGACAACGUGGUCGUCAACGAGCACGGGAUCAUGAAGAUCAUCGAUUUUGGCAGUGCUGCUGUCUUCAGAUAUCCCUUUGAGAACGACAUCGUCCUCGCUAGUGGUAUCGUUGGAUCCGAUCCGUAUCUCGCUCCUGAGGUUUAUGACUUGCAGAAGUAUGAUCCGCAGCCCACUGAUAUCUGGUCGAUUGCCAUCAUCUUCUGCUGUAUGACUCUGCGUCGAUUCCCUUGGAAAGCACCCCGCACAUCGGAUAAUUCCUUCAAGCUGUUUGUUUCGCCUCCAAACACCAAUGAUUGGCCGCAGCACACGUCAAGAAAAUCUUCCGAAAUGCAUGGACCGUCUCACAGCGCGCUUGAUGUCAAGGAGCAUGGCCACGAUCAUGGAUCUAGGCGUGCUAUCGAAAGUGCGCCAGCAAGUCGGAUGCCCAGCCAGGUUGAUCCCAAAGACACAAGUCAGAACAACCACCACCAUGCCAACGGCGAUGGCCAGGGUGAUCGCCCUACCACGGCUGGCGGGAAUGCACAGAACGCACCGCCCUCAAGGAACGGCAAGGAUACGUCGACGGCGCCGCAAGCACAGCAGACGAUCAAGGGGCCGUGGCGUCUGCUUCGCCUGCUCCCGCGCGAGAGCCGUCACAUCAUCGGACGCAUGCUGGAGAUCGACCCGAAGAAGCGGGCGACACUGGAGGAGAUCAUGGACGAUAAGUGGGUCAAGGCGACUCCGGUGUGCCAGCAGCUUGAAGGCGGCAAAAUCGUCGCCGCGGACAACCACACGCACACGCUCGAGCCAGGCAGCGCGACGGCCGUCGCGGCCACGCCCGCCCCGAGCCACAAGAAGUGA